AUGAGCAAGAUCCUUGCACCAGGUCGUGUUGUUAUCAUUCUCUCAGGAAGAUUCGCUGGUAAAAAAGCUGUUGUUUCUUCAGUUAACCUUCAAGGAACCAAAGACAGAAAAUAUGGAUUUGUUACUGUAGUUGGAGUUGAAAGAGCUCCAUUAAAGAUCACUAGAAAAAUGUCUGCAAAAGUUCAAGAAAUGAGAACUUCAGUUAAGUCAUUCUGCAAGGUUAUUAAUGUUAACCAUGUAAUGCCAACUAAAUACACAGUUAACCUUGAACAAUUCAACCUCAUUAAACAAGUUAAAAUUAGUAAUUUUGAAGCUGGUAAAGUUUAUCCAAUUUCACAAAAGAAGGCUAUUUCUUCUCAAUUUGCUGAAGAAUACAGAAAGGGUAAAGAAUCAUGGUUAUUUACUAAACUUCGUUUCUAA